UUGAUGUUUAUGUCUAUAAACAUUUACAAUUUACUUAAAACGUCGGUGCAACAUUCAAUUUUUGCUGUUAAUUUAAUGUCAGAAGUGAAAGUGUGUAUAACCCGUAUCGAAUUAUUUUUGCUAUUGGAUCAUGAAGCAACUGUUGACAAGCAAAAAAUAGAAGAUAUGCGGGGUUGUAAAAUAUAUGUUCAAAAUUUGACAGCUACAUGGAACCCAUCGCAAAAGGCGACGAUAAAAAACGUUGAUUUUAAACUUGGUUGUGGUCAGCUAGUUGCAGUUACCGGAGACACAGGGAGUGGAAAGUCCUCUUUACUCCAAACUAUACUACAAGAACUACUUAUAGUCGACGGAAUUCUGUCUCUGAAUGGUUUGAUAUCUUAUGCAUCACAAAAUCCAUGGGUGUUCUCGGCAACCAUCCAAGAAAACAUUAUAUUUAAUGAAACCUUUAACCAGACCAAGUAUUUAACUGUUCUUAAAAUUUGCGCUUUAGAAUAUGACAUAUCUCUAUUUUCUCAUGGAGACAAAACAUUGGUGGGAGAAAGAGGAGCAAUGUUAAGUGGUGGCCAAAAAGCCAGAAUUAACUUGGCACGAGCUAUAUACAAAGAUGCAGACAUCUAUCUUUUAGAUAAUCCACUAGCGGCGAUGGAUGUAUCUGUCUCUCAACAUAUUUUUACUCAAUGUAUUUUGAAACAUCUAAAAACCAAGAGUGUUGUACUAAUAACACACAAUUGCAAAUUUCUCAACUAUUCCGACAGAGUGUAUGUUCUAGAACUUGGGACGGUAAAAUUUUCUGGAAAAUAUGAAACAUCAGAAGAGGCAGCAAAUAACAUACAAGAAAACAAUGAUAAAACAGUGACAACACUUUCUGAAAAAAAUUAUAAAGCCCAAAUAGAAACUAAAGAACACAGAGGUAGUGAUAAAGUCAAGACAUAUAAAACAUAUUUAUUUGCCAAUGAAAGCAAGUUCUUCGUUUAUCUUCAGUUUUUCCUUUUCAUUGUAACUCAAGUUUUUAUAAACGGUUCAGACGCAUUUCUGUCUUUCUGGAUAAACCUGAGGCAAAAUCCUACUAGUUUUAGCGUUUCACUACUACAGUACUUUUCCGACGGCAAAUGUUUGUACAUUUACAGUGGAUUUAUUCUAAUAAUGGUAUUUUUGUUUCACAUGGGUUCUUUCAAUUUUGUAGAAUGCUGUAAUAAGUGCUCCGUUAAGUUACACGAUACGCUAUUCAACAAAAUAUUGUAUGGAACUAUGAAGUUUUUCGACAAUCAUCCAUCUGGUCGAAUUUUAAAUAGAAUUUCUAGUGAUAUGAGUGCAAUCGAUGAGACCAUCCCCAAAAAUGUGUAUCAAAUUACAAGACAAAUUUGUUCUGUGUUAGGUAUUUAUGUCGUUGUCAAUGCAGUAAAUUAUUACAUGAUUCUACCAACACUAGCUUUGUUGGUAAUUUUUUAUUACUACGUGCAGGCUUUCCGGCCAGUGCUUAACAAAUUGAAGAGAAUCGCUGCCACACGUAAAAGUCCUAUUUAUACUCACGUGGUUGCCACCAUUGACGGACUGACAACCAUCAAAGUUGCAGAAGCCCAAAAACACUCUUUGUCAAAAUUUCAACGCCUUCAAGAUUCUUAUAAUUCCAUUAGAUAUCUCUAUCAUGCUUUGCACGCUUCUUAUGCAUUUUGGACAGAUUUCACUUGCAUGUUGUAUAUAGCCGUUGUUAUUUUCUUUCUAAUAAUCUUCAAAAGAAGUGAUAUGGUUGGAAACGUUGGUUUAUCCAUCACAGAAUCGCUCUUAAUGAUUUCAUCGAUACAGUACAUGAUAAAAAUAUAUGAAUACGAUGACCUAACAGUUGAAGAUAAUAAUAAAAGUGAAAUUAAUCCUUCUGCCGCAUGGCCUGUAGAAGGCAAAAUACUAUUUCAAUCGGUGUCCAUGCGAUAUUCUCCGGAAAAACCGUUUGUUCUCAGAAACAUCGAUGUGGAAUUUCAAGCUGGUGAAAAAAUAGGAAUCGUUGGCAGAACUGGCGCCGGAAAAUCAUCCUUAAUAAAUGCGCUCUUUCACUUAUAUGAAUUCGAGGGAACAAUAUUUAUAGACGACGUCGACAUAAAAAUGGUUCCUCUUAGCACUCUGAGAUCUCGAAUAGCGACUGUUCCUCAAGAUCCUGUUCUUUUCUCAGGUACCAUACGCGAGAACUUAGAUCCUUUCAAAGAAUUCACGGACUGCGAGUUAUGGAGUGCUUUAGAAGAAGUGAAUCUGAAACAAGUUGUUUCAAAUUUACCCUCUGGUUUGAAUAGUUCUAUUUCGGAAGGCGGGAUCAAUUUUAGUACGGGACAGAAACAACUAAUGUGUUUAGUUAGAGCUAUAUUGAAAAAAUGUACAAUUAUUGUUUUCGACGAAGCAACUGCCUUUCUUGAUUUAGACACAGAGAAGUUGAUUCAUGCUACAAUUCACAAGAGAUUUCACAAGGCAACGAUUUUAAGAAUUGCACAUAGACUGGACAGUGUUAUGAAUUCGGACAAGAUAUUGGUUUUAGAUGAUGGUUGUGCUGUGGAAUUUGACACCCCGAAUGAACUUCUACAAAACACUGAAAAGAGGAAAGGCACCAGGAGGGGAUGGAAUCCAGAACGAAGCGUGGAUGUUCGGAACAGAAGGAGUGAAAGAAACGAUUUAGGAAGUGGUAGAUGGAGUUUGGAAGGGAAAAGGGUUUCCUCGGCAGUGGAGAGAAGAUUAGAGGUUAUGAAAGGAGAUGGAAGCAAGGGGUAUAAGAAAGGAAGAGGUACUAUGGACAAUGUGUACAUUCUGAGGCAUUUAAUGGGAAGAGAAAUAAAAAAACAGGGUGGACAAAUGUACGCAUUGUUCAUAGAUUUCAAAGCAGCGUUUGAUAGCAUGAAUAGAGAGAAAAUGUGGGAGUAUUUGAGGAGAAAUGGAGCAGAUACGUACCUGGUAACGAAAAUGGAAGAAAUAUAUCAAGAAGCAACAACUUUUAAAAAUGAACCCGUCAGUAGUUCAAAGUGGCAAGAUGAUAAACCUGAUAACUAG